AUGAAUGGUACUAAAUCGACUCCAUCGAACAGCGGUCCGUUGAUCAGUGCAGACCUAAUAGGUCAUAUCAGACCUCGAACAACAGAAAAUACUCUUGCAACUCCAACGGACCCAGCCGUUCUUCAACGGAUCAAUAUUCGACGAGCACAAAAUACUGUUCUCAUCUGGUUGGAUAACCAUAUGGACGAGGAUAGUUUAGAGUAUGAAAACACUGUUAGCCGAUUGCAGCUGGUGGUGAACGACGUUGAGACAUUUAAAAGUGACAAUCUUUGCAUCGAGUUUCUUCAAGGUCUUGAAAACAGCAAAGCAUGCAUGAUCAUCGAAGGCACACUCAGUCAACACGUUGUAUCUCAAGUACACGAUUUGACUCAAGUCGAUUCGAUCUUCAUCUUUUCAGACGACCAGAAACGACUUAAACAUUGGGCUGAACAGUGGCCAAAAAUAAAAGGUAUCUGUGCCGAUAUCGUGCUGAUCUCUAAAAUGAUCAAACAAAUUGCUCAACAAGUUGAACACAAUGCCAUGUCGAUGAGUUUCGUGUCAAGUGACAAACGCUUAGAUCAAUUGAAUCCAACUUUCAUGUACAUUCAGAUUAUCAAGGAAAUCAUUCUCACUAUUGAAUUCGAUUCGACUUAUCGACGGAAUUAUAUUGAGUUUUGCCGAGAGAUUUUCGAUGGGAAUAAAGCUGAAUCUUCAUGCGUCGACGAAUUUGAACACACGUACAAAAAGGAGAAAGCCAUAUGGUGGUACACGUACCAAUGUUUUCUAUAUCCGAUGUUGAACAAGGCUUUGCAAGCGAUGGAUGGCGAUAUGAUUAUCAAGAUGGGAUUUUUCAUCAAAGAUCUUCAUCAGCAAAUCGAGCAGCUUUAUCUAGACCAGUUCGUUUAUCAAACGUCGCCGAAAACAUUUACUGUCUUUCGUGGUCAAGGCAUCUCGCAGGUCGACUUCGAACAGAUGCUACAAAGCAAAGGCGGCUUGAUUUCAUUUAAUAAUUUCCUAUCUACUAGUUACAAUCGAGAAACGGCGAUUAACUUCGCACCUUCAACCGGAACUAGAUCAGGAAAUGUAGGAAUUUUGUUCAUUAUGGAAAUCAAUCCGGUACGAUCCAACACGCCAUUUGCAUCGAUCGCCAGUGUUAGUGCUCAUGCUAAAGAAGACGAAGUUUUAUUUUCGAUGAACGCAGUCUUUCGUAUCAAAGACAUACAAGAAAUGUCGGACGACAGUCAUUUAUAUGAAGUUCAUCUGAGUCUCACGAGUGACAACGAUCCAGAAUUGUUCGAAUUGGCAUGUUACAUUCGCCGAGAAAGUCUUCCCGGCAACGAACCAUGGUAUCGGCUGGGAGCGUUGCUUCUACGAAGGGGCCAAGCUGAAAAGGCGGAAGAAAUCUAUGAGGACCUGUUGAAGCAAAAGUCCGACGAUAAUGAAAAAGCAUCCAUUUACGAUCGACUCAGCUUGGCCAAAUAUGGGCAAGGAAAAUAUCAAGAUACAAUCGAAAUCUGUAAGAAGCUGAUCUCGAUUUAUCAGAAGACUUCCUCGUCGGAAUCUGUCAGUCUGGCUAAUCUGUAUAACCGAAUGGGCAGUGCGUAUCUUCGUAUAGGAAACUAUUCCAAUGCUCUCAAAGUUCAUCAGGAUGCUUUACGAAUUCUCAAACAGGCAAUUGGCUCAUCUCAUCCGGAAAUCGCGAAAUCGUACAAUAAUAUUGGUAUGGCACUCUAUAAUAUGAGUGAGUACGCCAAAGCUCUUCAAUCGCAUCAGAAAGCCGUAGAGAUCAAUGAAGAAUUACUUCCAUCGAAUCAUCCAGAUUUAGCUUCCACAUACAAUAACAUCGGUAGUGUAUACCAGAGUAUCGGCGAAUUCGAAAAAGCACUCUCCUACUAUGAAAAAGACCUUAGCAUUAGCCAACAGUCCCUGCCACCUAACCAUCCUGAUUUGGCCUCGACGUACAAUAAUAUUGGAAGCGCUCAUCAAAGUAUGGGGGAUUAUGCCAAAGCACUUUCGUACUACGAAAAAGAUCUUGCUAUUUGCCAGCAGUCCUUAUCGUCUAACCAUCCCGACCUAGCCAAGUCGCUCAAUAACAUCGGCAGUGUCUAUCGUCAUAUGGGCGAGUACACAAUAGCACUUACGUAUCACGAAAAGGCUUUGAAAAUUUACGAACAAGCACUCAAUGCUGAUCAUCCUGAUUUUGCAUCGUGUUACAACUAUAUUGGUAAUGUAUUUCGCAGUAUCGGCGAUCUCCAAAAAGCAUUGUCAUAUUAUCAGAAAGCUUUGCUCAUUAUCGAGCAAUCACUUCUGCCUAAUCAUCCUGAUUUAGCUUCUACUCAUAACAAUAUUGGCAACGUCUAUUGUAGUAUGGGUAAGCACGAUAAAGCGCUGCUGUCUCAUGAGAAAGCCUUGGCCAUUCGUCAACAAUCGUUUCCGCCGAAUCAUCCCGACAUAGCCUGUUCUUACACUAACAUUGCUGCAGUAUACGAAACCAUGCGUGACUAUACCAAAGCACGUUUAUUCUACGAACGUGCUCUGCGGGUUGCGGAACAUUCGCCGUGUAUCAAACAAGAGAAUCUUCAAGUAUACAAAGAUAAUUUGGCUCGUGCGAAAAGAAAAGCUUGA